GCGAUGGCCGGGCGAAGGGGCCGUGUGUUGCUGGCGCUGUGCGGGGCGCUGGUCGCUUGCGCGUGGCUGCUGGGCGCCGAGGCCGGGGGAGUCGGGGGCACCGCAGCCGGCGCAAGACGGCGCCGGCGGCCGCAGGAAGACGGCAUCCCCUUCGAGUACCACCGCUAUCCCGAGCUGCGCGAGGCGCUGGUGUCCGUUUGGCUGCAGUGCGCCGCGGUCAGCAGGAUAUACACAGUGGGGCGCAGCUUCGAGGGCCGCGAGCUGUUGGUGCUUGAGCUGUCCGACAGCCCCGGCGUCCACGAGCCGGGUGAGCCUGAGUUUAAAUACAUUGGGAAUAUGCAUGGCAACGAGGCUGUUGGACGGGAACUGCUCAUUUUCCUGGCCCAGUACCUGUGCAAUGAAUACCAAAAGGGGAAUGAGACCAUUGUCCAGCUGAUCCACAAUACCCGGAUCCACAUCAUGCCUUCCCUCAACCCCGAUGGCUUUGAGAAGGCAGCAUCUCAGCCUGGUGAGCUCAAGGACUGGUUUGUGGGUCGAAGCAAUGCCCAGGGAAUAGAUCUGAACCGGAACUUUCCUGACCUGGACAGGAUAGUUUAUGUCAAUGAGAAGGAAGGUGGUCCAAAUAAUCAUCUGCUGAAAAAUCUGAAGAAAAUUGUGGAUCAAAACACAAAGCUUGCUCCUGAGACCAAGGCUGUCAUUCAUUGGAUUAUGGAUAUUCCUUUUGUGCUCUCGGCUAACCUCCAUGGAGGAGACCUGGUAGCCAAUUACCCUUAUGAUGAGACUCGGAGUGGGAGUGCUCAUGAAUACAGCUCCUGCCCAGACGACGAUAUCUUCCAAAGCUUGGCCCGGGCAUACUCAUCCUUCAACCCGCCCAUGUCAGACCCAGAUCGGCCUCCCUGCCGCAAGAACGACGAUGACAGCAGCUUCGUGGAGGGAACCACCAACGGCGCUGCGUGGUACAGCGUGCCCGGAGGAAUGCAAGACUUCAAUUACCUCAGCAGCAACUGCUUUGAGAUUACUGUGGAGCUUAGUUGUGAAAAGUUUCCACCUGAAGAGACUUUGAAGAGCUACUGGGAGGAUAACAAAAACUCCCUCAUUAGCUACAUCCAGCAGAUACACCGAGGAGUUAAAGGCUUUGUCCGAGACCUUCAAGGUAAUCCGAUUGCCAAUGCAACCAUCUCCGUGGAAGGAAUAGAUCAUGAUGUCACAUCUGCAAAGGAUGGUGAUUACUGGAGACUGCUUGUACCUGGAAACUAUAAACUUACAGCCUCAGCACCUGGCUAUCUGGCAAGAACAAAGAAAGUAGCUGUUCCCUAUAGCCCUGCUGUUAAGGUUGAUUUUGAGCUAGAGUCAUUUUCUGAAAGGAAACAGGAGGAGAAAGAAGAAUUGAUGGAAUGGUGGAAGAUGAUGUCAGAAACUUUAAAUUUUUAAAAAGGCUUCAAAUUAGCUGCUUUUAAUCUAUAUAAUGUAGUAUGGUGUAAUGUGGCCAUUUUCUUUUAGAUUUUGUGCAGUUAAUAUGUAACAUUGAUUUAUUUUUAACCAUUUAAAUAUUAAUAGACAUUACUUAAAAUAGACUCUUAGGCGAAAAUACAAGAACUUGGUCUAUAACAUUCAUUUUCCUCCAUAUAUCACAGGAGGACCGUAAAAGAGAUUUAAAUGAUUUUGCCAUUUUAGGCUUAGAUGCAAUAUUCCACAUGUUAUUUACAGUAUAGAACUUUUUGAGUAACUCUAGCUUUUAAAAAUUAGUGAGUUCUUCUAAUGUAAUUGGUGAUAAUGUCACAUAAUGAAUGCCAUCAGAAGGGUCAACAGCUACAGCUUGAGUUGUGAGCACUAUACUGCAAGACUUAAUAGUCCUGUGUAAAUUGUCAUUUGUCUCUUGUGCUGACUAGCUAUAUAAGCAUGAUCUUGUUAAUGCAUUAUUGAUGGGAAGAAAAUGUAAAUGUUUAGCAAGACGUUUUAUGAAAGGAAUGGAAGUUGACUUCUUGCUUGCACACAUUGGGGCAAUGCUGUUUGUUAUAUUAUUCAGUCUGCUAACACUACUUCAAAGUGUAGGGUUUCUCUUAGUUGUAGAUUGUCCCAGAAUUGCAUUCUGAAUGAAUAAAUCUUUAAAAAGGU